CUUCCUGUGCCGCAAGCUCGGGUCCGCCGCAGGCUGGGGGGAGAGUUUAGAAGGGAGCGCACUUCCGGUGCCCUUUCUCCCGCGAGCACCUGGGGCCCGGGCCCUCGUGCGGAGGGUGCGAUCCGUAAACUGGAGAGCGGUAGAGGCGGGCCGGCACGCCCUUCGGACCACUGGUGCCGCCGGCCUCAGGACCGAACAUGGCCCAGAACUUGAAGGACUUAGCGGGACGGCUGCCCUCCGGGCCCCGGGGCAUGGGCACGGCGCUGAAGCUGCUGCUGGGGGCCGGCGCCGUGGCCUACGGCGUCCGCGAGUCGGUGUUCACCGUGGAAGGAGGGCAGAGAGCCAUUUUCUUUAAUCGGAUCGGAGGCGUGCAGCAGGACACCAUUCUGGCCGAGGGCCUUCACUUCAGGAUCCCCUGGUUCCAGUACCCCAUCAUCUAUGACAUUCGUGCCAGACCCCGAAAAAUUUCCUCCCCCACAGGCUCCAAAGACCUGCAGAUGGUGAACAUCUCCCUGCGGGUGCUGUCCAGACCCAACGCCCUGGAGCUUCCCAGCAUGUACCAGCGCCUGGGGCUGGACUACGAGGAGCGAGUGUUGCCGUCCAUCGUCAACGAGGUGCUCAAGAGCGUGGUGGCCAAGUUCAACGCCUCGCAGCUCAUCACCCAGCGGGCCCAGGUGUCCUUGUUGAUCCGACGGGAGCUGACAGAGAGGGCCAAGGACUUCAGCCUCAUACUGGACGAUGUAGCCAUCACUGAGCUGAGCUUUAGCCGAGAAUACACGGCUGCUGUAGAAGCUAAACAAGUGGCCCAGCAGGAGGCCCAGCGGGCCCAGUUCUUGGUGGAAAAAGCGAAGCAGGAACAGCGGCAGAAGAUCGUGCAGGCCGAGGGUGAGGCUGAGGCCGCCAAGAUGCUGGGAGAAGCUCUGGGCAAGAACCCAGGCUACAUCAAGCUGCGCAAGAUUCGGGCAGCCCAGAACAUCUCCAAGACGAUCGCCACAUCACAGAAUCGUAUCUAUCUCACUGCUGACAACCUUGUGCUGAACCUACAGGAUGAAAGUUUCACCCGGGGAAGUGACAGCCUCAUCAAGGGUAAGAAAUGAACCGCUGAACAAGAACUCCACCCCCAAGGGAGGAAGUGGAUCUUUUUCUUCCCCGGUUUUUGAGGAGCCAACUUGGGGCCCUACCCAGCCCCCACUGUCCUGCGAUGGUCCCUCUGCAUCUGUCCUCCCAGCCCUUCUCGGAUGAAGACUGACCAUUUUCAGGGGAGUGACAUUCCUCCCGGUGUCGGCCAGGGGUGUUGGGACAGUGUGUGAUUUCCUGCAGGGUUGAUUCCUCCCUCGUGGUCAGAAGCAACAACCACCACCCCAGAGAUUCUCAAUAAAUGUUUAUUACUUAAGCUGAA